GCGCAGCUGUGCAGGCUCUUUAUCCCUCUCCAUCACACGCACCCUGAGCACUGAGAUAGAGGCUGACAGACACAGCGGAUAUAGAGAACAAAACCGACGAACAGCGCAUUGGCCACGCAACAACAGAGGAUACGGCAUGGGGGACCGUAAGGCUUUAUUGCUGUUGAUCGUGGCGACCUCGGCACUGGCCACUGAGGUGCCCACAGAUGGCUCGCUGGGCUUGCUGGCGGAGCCUCAAGUUGCCAUGUUCUGUGGGAAACUGAACAUGCACAUCAACGUACAGAGCGGCAAGUGGGAGUCAGACCCAACCGGCACCAAGAGCUGCAUCGGCUCCAAGGAGGGCAUCCUCCAGUACUGCCAGGAGGUGUACCCAGAGCUGCAGAUCACCAACGUGGUGGAGGCCAACCAGCCAGUCACCAUCAGGAACUGGUGCAAGAAGGGCCGCAAGCAGUGUCGUAGUCACCUGCACAUCGUGGUGCCCUACCGCUGCCUGGUAGGGGAGUUUGUGAGUGAUGCUCUGCUGGUUCCUGAUAAGUGUAAGUUCCUGCACCAGGAGCGCAUGGACAUGUGUGAGAGCCACCUGCACUGGCACACAGUCGCCAAAGAGUCCUGUGGAGACCGCACCAUGAAUCUCCAUGAUUAUGGGAUGCUAUUGCCGUGCGGAAUUGACCGUUUCCGGGGGGUGGAGUUCGUCUGCUGCCCUGCAGAGAUGGAGCGAGAGUCUGAUAGUGCAGAGCUGGAGGAAGAUGAUUCUGAUGUGUGGUGGGGCGGACCGGACACCGAUUACACCGAUAACAGCAUGCCACGGGAGGCGGGACCUACAGAGCAGGAUGAGGCGGGACCUGCUGUCGGCGAGGAUGACGAGGAUGUGGAGGAGGAAGCCCUGGAUAACGACGAAGAUGGCGAUGGCGACGACGACAACGAGGAUGUGACCGAUGAACGCGACGCCGGGGAGCACACCACCAACAUCGCCAUGACAACCACCACCACCACAACCACCGAGUCUGUGGAGGAAGUGGUCAGAGAGGUGUGUUGGGAAGGUGCAGAGACCGGGCCAUGCCGUGCAAUGCUGCAGCGCUGGUACUUUGACCGAGAGGAGGGCCGCUGUGCGCCCUUCAUCUACGGGGGCUGCGGGGGCAACCGCAAUAACUUUGAGUCGGAGGAGUACUGCCUGUCAGUCUGCAGCAGUGUGUUGCCUACCACCGCUCCCAGCCUGCCUGACGCAGUCGACCGCUACCUGGAGACCCCCGGCGACGAUAAUGAGCACGCCCACUUCCAGAAGGCCAAGGAGAGUCUGGAGGCCAAGCACAGAGAGAGGAUGUCUCAGGUGAUGAGGGAGUGGGAGGACGCCGAACGGGAGGCUAAGAGUCUGCCCCGAGCUGACAAGAAGGCCGUCAUCCAGCACUUCCAGGAAAAGGUGGAGAGCCUGGAGCAGGAGGCUACGAGUGAGCGCCAGCAGCUGGUGGAGACCCACAUGGCGCGGGUGGAGGCCCUGCUGAACGACCGCCGUCGCCUGGCGCUGGAGAACUACCUCACCGCCCUGCAGGCAGACCCCCCCAAGCCCCGUCAUGUGUUCAGUCUGCUGAAGAAGUACGUGCGUGCGGAGCAGAAGGACCGUCAGCACGCUCUGAAGCACUUUGAGCACGUGCGCAUGGUGGACCCCAAGAAAGCAGCGCAGAUCCGUCCCCAGGUGCUGACCCACCUGAGAGUGAUCGAGGAGAGGAUGAACGAGUCUCUGGGGCUGCUGUACAAAGUCCCAGGCAUCGCCGACCAGAUCCAGGACCAAGUGGAAGAUGUGCUGCAGAGGGAGCAGUCAGAGAUGUCCCAGCAGAUCUCGUCUCUGCAGAGCGACACGCGCGUCAGCUACGGUAACGACGCUCUGAUGCCCGACCUGCCCGACAGCUCCGCCCCCCCGGAGGAGGCGGGGCCAGGCCUGGAGGGGGCGGGGCCAGGCCUGGAGGGGCUGGGCUUCAUCCACCCCGAGAGCUUCGGACAGGCCAACACGCAGAACCAGGUUGAACCAGUCGAUGUACGCCCUGCCCCUGAUAGAGGACUUCCUACUCGACCAGGUUCUGGUCUGAAGCCAGAGGAGGUUCCUGAGCUGAGGAUGGAUUCUGAAGUGAGACAGAGUGCUGGAUAUGAAGUCCACCACCAGAAACUGGUGUUCUUCGCUGAGGACGUGGGCUCCAAUAAGGGAGCGAUCAUCGGGCUGAUGGUGGGCGGGGUCGUCAUAGCGACCGUCAUCGUCAUCACCCUGGUGAUGCUGAGGAAGAAGCAGUACACGUCCAUCCAUCAUGGAGUGAUAGAGGUGGAUGCAGCAGUGACCCCAGAGGAGCGCCACCUGUCUAAGAUGCAGCAGAACGGCUAUGAAAACCCCACCUACAAGUUCUUCGAGCAGAUGCAGAACUGAGGACCUGGGCCACUCCGCCAUCUCGCAAACCCUUCCCCUCUCACCCUCCCUCCCACCCCCUCCCUCAAUCCCAGUCUGAGAGCUUUUUACAGGACAGUGUGGGCAGGGCAGACGCACGCAUCAUUCCCUGUCAUCCGCUUUCUCACCACAUGCGCCAGCGCCGUCUCUGAGCUCCGCGCCCAGUGGCCGUAGACGUGUGCUUCUCACGUGGCUGUCUAAUUUCAUAUCGGUUGUGAUUGACUUUAUCCCCCCCCCCCCCCCCCCUUUCUGACCGGCCUGCCCUGCUCUCACGAUGGAGACGGAGUUUCCCGUCUCCGAAAGCUUAUAAAAACAGCGGUGUUUGUCGAUGAAAAGGCAGCCAUGUUCAUUUAAAUCAGCUUGGCUUGUCACUUAUACACAUCGCACUCUGUCGUGAUUGGUGCAGAUCUGUAUGUGAGCGUGCCAGUCUCUACACUGUCCUGCACCGCCCCCUCCCACGCCACUGCCUUCGUGUAGAAUGGGUCAGUGGGGGGAGGUGGAAAAAGUCAUCAGUCGUUCCCCUGUCCUCUCCUCUCCUCCCCUCCCCUCCUCUCUGUGCACUUGGAUGACAGCUGGGCUGUGUUAAACCACGCCAGGUUCUUAACGGGGAAAAUGAUGAUGAUGAUGCUCUUCAAUGAGCUCUUUAUGUUAGGAUUAUGCUGUUUUGCGUUUGUUUUUCCAAAAAACAAUCAAAAGAGAAAAAAACAAAUACGAAAAAAAACACUGAAGGAAAAGUGUGGGGGGGGGACCUUUUUUUAUUUGCGUGAACUGUAUUGAAUUAGUGACCGAGACUAACUGUAUCUAUUUAGUGCAUGACUAUAAUGACGAGAGAAAAAUAGAUUUUUGUUCUGCUACUUGGACUGGUCUUUUCUCAAGUAGAGAUUGUGUAAUUUAGCAGGAUUGUAAAUUUAGUGUAUUGUGAUCACGUGAUUUAAAGAAAACAAACAAAAAAAAGAAUUCAGAAUGUGGUCUGCUCAUCACGGAGACAUGCUUUAAGAAACUGACGCUUUUGUUUUUAAUCAUGCCAUGCCCCCUCUAGUGGUCAGAGAUGGGAAUGCAGAACGGAUUUUAAGGGGUUGGCUAGCACUACGUGUGUAAUUAUUUGAAAGUUUUAUUUUGUUGGCUUACUAUGCAUUCUCAGAGAGUAUAUUAUUUAGAGGGUCUUUAUUCAGAUUUAUUUUGCUUUUUAUAACAUGUUUUUCAGGAGUGGGAGGGGGUUUGGUUUAUGUUUUUGGGGGACUGGAGUGGGACUGAGUGUAUUCCCCAUUCUUGUUUCUGUAUCUGUGCAUAUUUCAUAUGUGAAAAUGAUAUUGGUCCAAAGCAGUGGUUGUUCCCUCCUUCUUCCUUUCCUACGUUUAUCUUAUUCAGGGGUGACAGGGAGGGGGGUGUAAAAUUAAUGAGAACCAUUCCCUCAACCACCUCUCUCUCUCUCUCUCUUUCACUCUUUACACACACACACACACACGCACACACACACACAAACACACACACACACGCACACACACACACAAACACACACACACACACUCUUUGACACUUUCUCUCCUCAAAAGCCCUUUAGCCGUUGCCCAGUCCACCACAGCUAUACACUCAGCCCAUCCUGUGUGUCCUGUAGGGUUUGUGAGGUCAUCAGAGGACACAUUAACACACACCCACCACGCCCCAGCUCCUCUGGCCCCCCUGUACUGAACCUCCAUCUCAUUUCACCCCUCCCCAGUUUACUCAGUUAGAGUUACUCCUGUGUAUUUAUCUAUCCGCAACUUUUAAAUAUGCGAGUACAGUAUAUUGUACUGAAUGUAUCAAUAUAUGGUGAGUUCAUAUGGGAGCACCUGUGUUCUGCCCCCACCGAUCUGCUCCAGGCCCCAGAUUUGGGCCCCACACCUUCCACCUCUGGGGGUCAUCGGUCCAGAAAUGUAACUGCUUUUCUAAAAAAAUCCGGCUGUCCGUUUACUGUCCGAUGAGUACAGAGAUGAUUGAGAGAUGGGAUUAUUUGGGAAGACGGUCCAUUGCUUUUGCCAGAUUCCAGCGCGUCUGGAAACUUAAAUCGCUCACACAGCCCAACUCCUUCAGCAAUUCAGUCCGUGCGCGAGAGGGGAAACCGCUAAAUCGAUAGCUUAUUUACGGACAGCUUUCUUUCUGUUGCGACCUAUAGAUUUUUCAUUUUCUGUGUUUUCAAACGGUGAAAAAAUGUGUACGUGGGAAAAGGUAACUGCUUCAAAAUGAUUAUUGAUUUUUUUUUUUUUUGAGAGCGUAAUGUUUGUUUGAAUUUAAUUGGCCCCAAAUGGAAGAUUCCUGCAAGGCUGGAAGGGCGGUCACCUUCAUGCAGGGAAGAAUUGAGGGCCAGGGCCCACAUAGGCUAAAAGCAUGUCGCCACUCUCCCUACAAUAACACAGGAGCUGGUAUCCUCUCACUAAGCUCCUUCUACACCCCCCCCCUAUAGGACAGGGGGAGUCAAAUCUAAUCCCCACACUAUGGACCAUUAGGCAGAGGAGAGAACCAGCAGUACUGAGUAUACCUGUUCUAGGACCACCGUGCCCAUCUCACUUGAGUGUCCCUGGGCAGGAAACUAAGGGGAGAGGAGUCAUAACUAAUUUGGACAGGCUGCUCUCCAUUGCCUCAUCCCGUCAACUGCCAAAGUGAGAGUAAGAGUAGCCACUGAGGUACAAAGUUAGAAAACCAUACUUGGAUGGUGAGAGAGGGUAAAAGUAGUAUGCAGAUGGGUUUCUAGUUUUUUGUAUUUUGUAUUUUUAGUUAAAGCAAGAAAAGCCUCCGUUUUCAUUUAAUGUGAUUGUUACGCUGUUGCAAAAUCUUCCCCCUACAUUACACUACACAACACAAGCCAAAGCUCUUCAGAUCGGUGCAGUUUUUGUAAAGAAGGGGUCAGGACUGUACCAAUAUCUGAAUGACUAGCAGGGGUCAGGACUGUACCAACACCUGAAGGAAGGAAGGGGAUGGGAGUUGGAAAUGCAGUGAUAAGAGUGAAUUGUUGUAUUGUGAAGUUGUUUCUUUGGUGUUGUGAUGGAGUGCCUGCAAUGGUCAGUAGGGGGCAGUAGAGUUAGCAGGGUUUUUCCUUUUAUGUGAUUUUUCUGUGCAACUGUACAAACCAUUUGCUUUGACAGGGAAAGCUUUCUACACUGUAUUACAUAAAUAAAGUUCAAAAUGUACAUACAGCC